UAGUGCCCUACAUAGGAAGCUGAAGUCAUUAUUUUCUUGCCAGAUGUAGGCAGGAGAAGGGUGUCGGAGAUCCAGACACUCAGGAAAGGGGAAGGCGUGGCCAUGGCAACCUGGUGUCACGCGGAACUGAAAUAGCCAAUCAGAAUCGAUUGCGGAAGUAUCCCUCGACUUUGUUUUGGCCGCUUGUAUUUUUAAAGACAAGAAGACACACGUUGUUGUUCAUCAUCUUUAUCAGACGGUCAAAGCUUCAGACAUGUCAGACGGGCAUGGAGUGCUACUCAAAUGGAGAUCUCCAUCGAACGAUGACGGGAAUUUCAGCUCCCUCUGCCCGAACGGCUCAGAAUGGAUUUGGUACGGACUCGGAGAGUGCACUCAGGACGCCCGGGACAUGAGCAGCGUGGUCCUGGGUCUGCUGUCCAUCGGCUGCUUCCUUGUGUCAUCAUUCCCGCAGUACUACAGCUCGUGUAAGAAGGGGAACAUGGACAGCGCUUUAUCCAUUUGGUUCUUGUUGCUCUGGCUGUCAGGUGACUCGUGUAAUCUGGCAGGCUCGUUUUUAGCUGAUCAGCUUCCUCUCCAGAAAUACACAGCAGUGUACUAUGUCCUGGCUGACCUUUUAAUGAUAUCCAUGUACACAUACUAUAAGAUGAGGAACCGGUGGUCAAGCAGUGACGGCAGAGCCGUGCUGUAUGCAGUCGGAGCGCUGUGCACGCUCAGUGUGUUUUCUUCUCUGCUGCAGUUCCCCAACUCCCUCAUACACACACGUACCUCGUCAGGCUUCAGGAGCCGGACGCUGCUGGCUGUGGAUGAGCCGAACGCGAGUUCGAUACGGCCUUUCAGCACUAAGGAGAUCAUCGGCUUCACGUUCGGCGCGGUCUCCUCCAUGCUUUACCUCUGCUCCAGGCUGCCACAGAUUUACACGAAUUUUCAGAGGAAGUCGACGGAGGGCGUGUCGUUCUUCCUGUUCGCCCUGGUGAUUCUGGGUAACCUCACGUACGGGGCGAGUGUGCUGGUGAAGAAUCCGGAUCAGAGGCAGGGAGAGAUCAGCUACAUCGUCCAUCACCUGCCCUGGCUCAUCGGCAGCCUGGGAACGCUCUUUCUCGACCUAGUGAUAUCGGUGCAGUUUGUGAUGUACAGAAAAGCUUCACAGCCUCGACAGGACAGCGAGGAGACCACCGCUCUUCUGUACAACUGAGUGUUCCUCAGUCCUCGAGGGUGCGCUCAGUCCCCGAGACGUUCAGGAUGCUCGACUCCCGUACACGACACCGCCUGACCCCCCCACGCCUGAGCACUAACGACUCUCAAGAGUGCAAUUUAUCCCCCCCUUUCCCCCCCUCCCCUACAUUUGUCUUGUAUUAAUAGUAGUUUUAUAUCAAUUGUAGGAUUUUAAAAUUUUAAGUUUUUUUUUUUUUUUAAGUGUCAAAGACUUUUUUAAAAAAGACGUCUUUGUUUUCUUAAUGUGCACGGAUGCUUUAUGGGUGCUGUUCCAAACGGUGCAACCUUUAUUAAGAGAAAAAACACAUGGAC